ACGUUGUCGGAAUAGUUUGUAAAAGGAAGUACCCUCUGCUGUGUAACUUCCUCAUUGCUUUAAUAAAUAUUUAUAUGAAAUCAACCAGACGAUAAACUUAGAUGGCGAACUGUGAUACUAUUUUGUUCGGUGAAUUUUCGGGUGUUAUUGGUGGAAAUCUAAAUUUAUGUGACUUCAUAUCCAAAGCGGAAGAGCGAAUUUGAAAUCUUCCCAAUGUGCUCUAAACCUCCUUACCUGUUGGACAGCAAAGUGUUCUAUCAAAGAAUAAAUGCAUGUUGACCAAAGAUCACUUGGGAAAGCGCUGCACAAGCUGGCCGCAAAAAUUACGAAAUGGAAAAUCGCGGCGUGAUAUUGUUGCUGAUUGGAACGCUGCAUUGCCUGGAAUUGGUAACUGAAGGCCACGUGAUAAUUAACAGAUCUACUUUCAAUAUUCAAGGAGAGAAUAUUACAAAGCCUGGAGAAAGGACGAGAAAUAACACAACCAUCAAUCCUGAACUAUGUAAUUUUAAUUUAACCAUGGACAGUUUGAAAUUCUUUGACAGUCGAUUACAGCUGAUGGAACCGGACUUUGUUGCAUUUCGAAUAUAUAUCACCAACACUUACGACACAGAUCCAGAAGUCAAUAUAACUUACGAACACACGCUGUUUGAACCGAGGUUAUGGUUUUGGACAUAUGAUACCCCGAAAGGGCAUUUCCCAUACUUGUAUCUGAACAUUGACUACGGAAUAUUGAGCUUUGGUCUAUUGGACGCGAAAACAUUUGAAGUGAAACGAGUCGUUCUGAAUCCAAUGCUAAAGGAUAACCAAUCGUGUUCAAUACAUUUUGGAAAGAACGACAGCAUGGAACAAUUGACGAAUGCUUUACAAGAUCUUGUCGUGAAUGUGGUAGAGCAUGACGUAUACAAGUAUGAAACCAACUACUUUUGUUACUUAGUUGAAAACCAGGACAUAAAAAAAUCAUGGAAGUAUUUCGCAGCUCUUUAUUUCAAUUUUCCAGCACCUCUCGUCCACUUCGAGUGUUGUGAGGUAUGGUUCCAUUACUCAGAGAACAAGUUUGUUUCCAAAGGCUGCAACAAGCCAUUCCCAAAGUGGGACCUCUGUUAUUACGGACCUUAUAUAUUAGGCGUGCUACUUCUUUUAUAUUUUCCCAUUAUUCUGUUUAAAAUUUGUGACGCCCUUACCAAAGGAGAGACUGUUGAAUCCUUCGACUAUGAUAUGGUAGUGGAGCUCGACGUUCCACUGUCCCCGGGGCCGACUUGGGAAUUCGAUUGGGUGUUUCUCAAUGGAAAACCGCCCUUGACCUUUUGGAGUGUGAUAACGAGCUGUUUUGGAGGAGUUAUGCAUCAAUACCCCGUUUGCGCCACAAGACUUCGUAGGUUUAUUGCUGUGUUGCUAAUACCGUUUGUAAUAUAUAUCAAGAUUUUGAUGUACUUUGAUGGCAUCACCAAAGAUGAACUUAAAAUCAAAGUGUCCGACUUCGCCGAGCGUGGAAUGCCACUUGGUUACUUAGCGAUGCUUGGGAAUAGCCCAGAAGACAGAAUGAAGUCGUUUGCGCCAGCAUUCGGCGGACCGGUUGGAAUGGCAUGUAUUUAUUACAUACUGAGUGUGGUUCUUAUUGUGUUUCCGCGAAGUUUGAAACAAAUUGUGGAAAAUGGAAUGCCGACUCGUCGUAAUUGGUCGCCACUCUUUUUUGGCGUGGACGAAAUUCUCCAUAUAGGAAUGAUGAGCACAGAAACUGAGCCGGGAUAUAACAGGGCCGCGGCAAUUUGUAAGGGCCGUUUCUACAUGCUGUUCACCGGAACAUUCUGGAAAAGAUUAUCUCACCUUCAGAAAAGGAGAUACCAAAAAAUAAGGCGAUUUUCAAAGUGCAUGUUCGCGUUGUGUCUUCCCCUGCUUACACUUGCUUGCCUCUUGGAGACAAUAGCUUGUUUAGUGUAUUUCGCGAUACCAUUUGUUAGCUUUAGUGUCAUCAUGAUCAAAGGGGCAUCGACAUCAGUAAUGGCACAACGGUUAUACUACCACCGCCUAAACGCUCUUCUUCGGAUACGAUUGUUUUGGGCCAUUGGGUCGCUGCUUGUGUUUAUCACAUUUAUAAUGUUCGCGUACUCACUAAGCUUGAUAUUUCUCAAAAGUAGUGUCUUCAUCUCGAAGAUAAUUAUCUACUGCUUCGUUGCCGUGGUCUUUAUGCCAUCAGCUUCGUUCGGAUACCUGUUUUUCUUCGUCGUCCUUCUAUACUACAUUGUUCAUCUCGUUAAGGGCUUUGGCGAAGUCUAUUUGGAACUACUUUCCACUGGAAUCGAACGUUCCUUAGACCUAGACGCCCAUGUUAAUCACGUGAGCUACCAAGAUGGUCACCUUCUUAUCUCAAACGUCCGAGCGCCUAACAUCCGGAGCAUCCGUGUCAAUAACACGCAUAUUGAUGUUCCACAGAACAGCUUAGAGAAAAUAAAAGCUACCUCUGACGUGGCUAGACACACACGCCAAGUCAACAGCGUUCAUGGAAUUCCAAAGGAACUAUUUGAGUACUUAGUUAAAAAAUACAGACCUGUCCACAUUCAACUAUUGAAACUGAUAUUCCAAUUGACCUUUAUAGUAACUCUCGUGGCCUUGACAUUGAGUAUAACGUCAAAAUUUAAUUCGAGUUCGUCUUCAGAGGAAGGUCCGGAAGUGAUGCAUAUUCUAUUUAUGGUAACAGUUGGUGCAUUACCGCGCGUGCUCGAGGUUUUGUUGACAGAUGGAAGCGAGGUUGUGAAAAAACAAUUGGAAGAAACAAGAGUUGAGCAGACGAUCGUUCGGUACUGGAGAACCAAAGCGGAUACCGACUUGGAGUUAUCUUGAUCACAGAUAAUCAUUUCAUGAUGAUAAUAUUAUCUAUGUUAUUAUAUAUAAUUUCACAAGGUCACAAUACUCACGAACGCACGUACGCACGCACGCACGCACGCACGCACGCACGCACGCACACACACACACACACAUUAUAAUACUUUGUAAUAUAAAAAGUUUUACUUUCUCAAAACUAUGACGAUGACUAGAACUUAAAAACCAGUAAAACUAACAUAUGACCUUUAUUAUGUGUUUGAUAUUUGAUAACCAUGUUAAGUUCGUAGUUAGGUUACACGCGAUUAAAUAGACAACCGUGGUGUGGAGUAUCGGAUUAAGUGGCACCAGCGUAACAAUUAUUAAAUAAACUAAGAUUAUUCGAAUUUGAAUACCAAAGUCAGUUGUACACAGUUUGCAUCCUCGAAGUAUCAUGUUUUCAAGGGUUCAAUGUUAAGUGAAGAGAUAUGAUAAUUAAAUAAAAACCACAAUUCAAAUUAACGCGUUCGUUCUGGUUUAUAAUUUAUAGUUGUUAAUCUAUUGUCCAUGUGUUUAUCUAUUGUCCAGCAGUGUUCUACUAAUGUGUUCUAUAAUGAAUAGUUGUUUGUCUAGUGUCCAGCAAUGUCCUUGUAAUGUGCUCUAUAAUGAAUAGUUCUUUGUCUACUGUCCAGCAGUGUUCUACUAAUGUGUUCUAUUAUGAAUCGUUGCUUAUCUUUUGUCCAGCAAUGUUCUAGUAAUGUGUUGUAUAAUGAAUAGUUGUCUGUCUAUUGUUCAGCAAUGAUCUAGUAAUUUGUUGUAUAAUGAAUAGUUGUCUGUCUAUUGUCCAGCAAUAAUCUAGUAAUGUGUUCUAUAAUGAAUAGUUGUCUGUCUAUUGUCCAGCAAUGAUCUAGUAAUGUGUUCUAUAAUGAAUAGUUGUCUGUUUAUUGUCCAGCAAUGAUCUAGUAAUGUGUUCUAUAAUGAAUAGUUGUCUGUUUAUUGUCCAGCAAUGUUCUAGUAAUGUGUUGUAUAAUGAAUAGUUGUUUGUCUAUUGUCCAGCAGUGAUCUAGUAAUGUGUUGUAUAAUGAAUAGUUGUCUGUCUAUUGUCCAGCAAUGAUCUAGUAAUGUGUUGUAUAAUGAAUAGUUGUCUGUCUAUUGUCCAGCAAUGAUCUAGUAAUUUGUUGUAUAAUGAAUAGUUGUUUGUCUAUUGUCCAGCAAUGUUCUAGUAAUGUGUUCUAUAAUGAAUAGUUGUUUGUCUGUUGUCCAGCAAUGAUCUAGUAAUGUGUUCUAUAAUGAAUAGUUGUCUGUCUAUUGUCAAGCAAUGAUCUAGUAAUUUGUUAUAUAAUGAAUAGUUGUCUGUCUAUUGUCCAGCAAUGAUCUAGUAAUGUGUAGCAAUUGUAUUUUAAUUAAUGUCCUGUUUAAAGGAUCAUCUCUUUCUUGUAUUAAAGGGACUAGACACCAUAUGAUAAAAUUGCAAGAAAAAAACACAUCACUUACGACACAUGUAUCCUUCGCAUUUUUUCGUAUUUUCCCGAUUUGAAAUUUACUUAGUUUUUCUAGCUUCGGUAUACGUUUCUGUACUAAUCAAGUGACUUCCACGUGCUAAAUAUACACACUAUAAACUGGGAAACCAUUAUGCGCUAUUCUAAAAGGGUAAACUCAGCUGAGACAGCGACAUAAUAUUACUUUAAUCAUGCAAAUGGGUGCAUUAUCGGCCUUGUACUAGCCCAUAUUGAAAAUGCUUUGCUUGUUUUGGCGAAAUACUGUAUUUGCCGAUGUUGGAACCAUCUAGUGUCUAGUCUCUUUAAACCAUACGAAACAUGCACUUUAUAGUUUGUUAAAAAAUGCAUUUUUCUUUUUAUGCAAGAGUCUUAAUUUCAGAACAAUAUAUCAAUAUAAGAAUUAUCAUAUGUGUACAUGAAUAAAAACACAAUAACUGUU